AUGGAGACUGUGAGGGACAUAGCCUCUGAGAGCGCGGUGGUGAUCUUCAGCAAGAGCACAUGUUGCAUGUGCCAUACCAUCAAGAGAUUUUUCUCUGAGAUGGGUGUGAAAACAGUUGUUCAUGAGAUAGAUGAGGAGAUGAAUGAGAGAGAGAUAGAGGGGGCGCUAAGCCGUCUCCUUGGGCGGAAUAGUAAAUCUUCGGUGCCUGCAGUUUUCAUUGGAGGGAGGUUAAUUGGUUCUACUGACAAGGUUAUGUCCCUUCACUUAGAGGGCCGCUUGCUCCCUUUGCUCAGGGCUGCAGGUGCUAUCUGGCUCUAAUUUAUGACAAUAAAAUAUUAGAUACUACGAUGAUAUUACCAUCGAAAUCAUAAUAAGCGGAUAAGGAUUUGGUAUGAACUGCAAAGAGUAUUAGUAGAACUUGUACUGUAUCUUACUUCUGAGAAGUAAUG